UCACCGGGCCUCAAAGUGAUGGGUGGCCCAGUUGACAAUAGUGAGUGGGUUGUACGGUUAUCAUAUCCUUGAGCUUCUACAAUAUAUAUUGAAUUUCCACUUACUCAGUUUAGGGCCUCGGAUUGCUAUCACAUGAUACUUCGCCUAUGCCACCUUUGUUGAACCUGCCGGAGGUACGUUGGAGAUGGCUGCUGCCAGGGAUACUAUCACGAUCCUUAGCAGAGGGCUUGGAAGACACUCAGCAGUUUUCCCCGAUACAGAAACUCCCGGCCUAUCCCAAACCAAUUUCUCGACUGCGCGACACAAGAAGAUGCAGACGUCCGGGGUUUGUAGGCGGUCGCCUCAUGUCCAGCCCAGUUGGGGUAGCUCCACUCACGAGUCACAACAGUGAACCGCACAUUUCAUCACCAAUACCUACGCUUCUGUAUGGGUUUUUGAGCUUCAGCCAGAGGAUUGACCUGCCGAUGGAGCACUGCAGUCUACUGGGAUAGUACAAGCGUGUGGCGAACAAUACUUGAUACCCGCGAACUGGCUCUCGGCUACGCGCACGUCUAGGUUCAGAUACGACGCCGUCCCUACCCGUGCAUUAUAUUGCGGCUAUCUACAGAUCUCGUCACACGAACUAUCAUCCUUCUUUCGCCGGCUCUCAAUAAGAAGGGAAG